CUACCGUUGCCAAGGGACGGCUGCGUUCCGGUUCCGGUCGGUUGCCCCGGAGCUUGGGUACACAGAAGCAGUCGGCCGGAGGCCAAGGGGUCGCGGAGUGUGAACAUCACGCUCGGCGCCAUGAGCCAGCGCCAGGUGCUGCAAGUGUUCGAGCAGUACCAGAAUGCCCGGACCCGGUUCGUACAGAUGGUGGCAGAGCAGGCGACCAGACCUCAGAACAUCGAGACACUGCAGAAUGCGGGUAUAAUGUCCUUGCUGAGGCCUCUUCUUCUGGAUGUGGUUCCUACGAUUCAGCAGACUGCUGCCCUGGCCCUGGGGAGGCUGGCCAACUACAACGAUGAUUUAGCAGAAGCUGUCGUCAAGGGCGACAUUCUUCCACAGCUUGUCUACUCAUUGGCAGAGCAGAAUUGUGUCUACAAGAAAGCAGCUGCCUUCGUGCUGCGAGCAGUUGGUAAGCACUCUCCGCAGCUGGCGCAGGCCACGGUUGACUGUGGCGCCCUGGACUCACUGGUGAUGUGCCUGGAAGAUUUUGACCCUGGAGUCAAGGAGGCUGCAGCCUGGGCACUUGCAUAUAUUGCAAGGCAUAAUGCAGAACUGUCACAAGCUGUGGUGGAUGCGGGAGCCGUUCCUCUUUUAGUGCUCUGUAUCCAGGAGCCAGAAAUUGCUUUGAAAAGGAUUGCUGCCUCGGCCCUCAGCGAUAUUUCAAAGCAUUCUCCAGAGUUAGCACAGACGGUGGUGGACGUAGGAGCCAUUGCUCACUUAGCCCAGAUGAUCCUCAACCCUGAUGAAAAACUGAAGCACCAGGUCCUUUCAGCUCUCAGCCACAUUGCAAAGCACUCGGUGGACCUAGCAGAGAUGGUUGUUGAAGCGGAGAUUUUCCCGGUUGUUCUCACCUGUCUGAAGGACAAAGAUGAACAUGUGAAGAAAAAUACUUGUACUUUAAUUAGAGAGAUCGCUAAGCACACACCCGAGCUUUCCCAGCUGAUCGUUAAUGCAGGAGGUGUGGCUGCAGUGAUCGACUGCCUGGAGUCCUGCAGAGGGAACAUCCGGCUGCCCGGCAUCAUGAUGCUCGGGUACGUGGCUGCUCACUCCGAGAACCUGGCCAUGGCCGUGAUCAUCUCCAAGGGUGUGCCCCAGCUGUCAGCCUGCCUGUCAGAGGAACCUGAAGAUCACAUUAAAGCUGCGGCUGCCUGGGCUCUAGGGCAGGUUGGGAGACACACUCCGGAGCAUGCGCGGGCCGUUGCUAUCACCAAUGUGUUGCCAGUGCUGCUGGCUUUGUACAUGUCCGUAGAGAGCUCCGAGGACCUGCAGGUCAAAAGUAAAAGGGCCAUAAAGAAUAUCAUACAGAAAUGCACCCACCUCCCAGCUCUCGAGCCGUUUCUCUACGAUGCACCUCCCAAUAUCCUGAAGUAUGUGGCCGGACAGUUCAGCAAGGUGCUGCCUCAUGACAGCAAAGCCCGCCGGCUUUUUGUAACGAGCGGUGGACUUAAGAAGAUCCAAGAGAUAAAGGCGGAACCUGGGUCUCUCCUCCAGGAAUACAUCAACAAUAUUAACAACUGCUACCCAGAGGAGAUAGUAAGGUACUAUUCUCCUGGAUACGCAGAUACACUUCUGCAGAGGGUGGACAGCUAUCAGCCGUUCACUAACUGAACAACGUUUAUCUGUAAACUCAGAUUCACAGGAGAGUCUGCAUAACAACUGUUAAAGAUCUUUCUGAAAUGUUUGAACUAGCGCAUCUUAGUUUUGUUCAAUGUGAAAUACCUUUAAUAUUUUCUAUAUUUUGUAAUCCUUUAUAAAUUAUUAGCCGCAAUGUGUGGAAGACUAAUUAUAAUCAUUUACAUGUGUAGAGACAUGCAUAAAGGACGAUACGCAUAAAAGGCAAUGAUGGGUCUUAAGGUAUUUACUUUUCUACAAAACACAUAAACACAAUACAACACAUGCACAUCCUUACGACUAGAUAGAAAUGAGAUGCGCUGUUUGAAAACCCUUAGUUAUUUCCCCACGGGGGUGGCUAAGGAAGACGGACCUUGGCAGUUACACAGAAAAUAAGGAGGGAAGUAUGGGAAGACGGGAGUCGUGACAGAAAUGCAGAACUCGUACGAUGCAUGGUUGCUUAGUGCUCUGAAUUAAUGCAACAGCUCUGCAGCUAGCCACCCGCCCGGUUUCCUAAGAAUUCAGGAAAACUUCUUGUUUAUUACUCUUUGCUUAUUAUUGUGAAACUCUUUUCUCCUCACCCUACACGAAGUGUUCCUUCCUUUUCGCGCACUCUGACGGCAAGCUCUCCGUUGUCUCUGAGAGGUCUUAUGAUUCCCAUUCAAGGGAAAAUGUGUCUUCAGGAUUCCCUUGUCCCAGGUUCCCUUUCCCCACAUAUUUUCAGAGUUCACAGAAAUCACCUCAAAUUCAUGGAUUUAAGGUCUAAUUUGAGCAGAACAGCAGCAGACUCAGGCUUAAUGUAUUUUAUUUAAGAAGCUGUAAUGGGGCCC